CGAUUUAAACAUAUUCUACGUUGUACACCGUACUGUAUAUUACAAGAGUUAUAAACACACGUUCCUCGCGAUAUUCAAAACCGCCUAUUGAUUUGAUUGUAUCUAUUUAAAAAAUCUCUCUCUCUCAAACUUUGUUUACAAUCUUAUCCUAAGCGGGCCUGUUUACCUGUCCAUUCAGAUAGACUUCAAGACAGUCGGCACCGACCAAAGAAAAAUGGCGAUGGCAGACACACUUUUCUUUAAUGGGCGGCAGGACAAGUAUCCGUACCACACGAACUAUCCCCCGACCGUGCCAAGGUACCCCAGCUCACAGGAAAUGUUCAGGCGGGAAUCACCUGACAAAUAUACAAAAGUGGUGGGAAUGAUAGCUCACCAAGAGUUGGACACCAAAAUCGGACAAAGAUCCUCCCACCAGUCGUGGUACGACAAAUGGUACGAUUCGGGAGUUCCGAAACUCCGCAGAGAGGAACUCCCAAAACUUGUGGACCGCCAUGAGCCAUGCAAUCAACCGUGGCAAUACAACGUUGGAACUUCCGCCAUCCCCAGAUGGACCAAGGAGGGCAAGGAUUGGCCGAUAUCCAAGGCGUAUCUAAACCAGGGCAGACCCCCCACGGAGACCACGCGAGCGCGCGGCAUCAACCGUCUGUCCAUUCCGAAAGAAGAAAACCUGUAUCCAUUCUCCAAUUAUAUGACAUCACAGUACCGGAAGCCGGUGUAUUCUAUAUUUGGUCAUCUCCAGAGGGACAAAGUGUACGGGGUCACUCACCAACACAACAGACACGGCAACAUGCCGUUUGAGGACCACUAUUAAAGAACUCCUGUCAGGGUGAAGGGUGCAAGACAUUCAGUGUUAGUGUCAACAUUAUGUACAAGUCUAUCAGCACUGUGUUCUUUACGACAAAUUCAAUAUUUAUAAUGGUUUUAAAAUAUUAAAACAAUACAUGCUUUCUUUAUGUAAAUAGUUCUCUUAGUGCUAUAAGAAUUGUGAAACAAGAUUUUGUUUUGUACAUGUAAUUUUGUUAACACUCUAUAAUUAUAUGUUUUGACUCUUUGUUAGAAGUUCCAUUAAAUUUUACUGUAUAUAUGCACAAACUUUA